AUCAGGGGUCCGUUGGGCCGUUGGGCCCACACGGGAGAGAUCAACCUAACAGGAGUUAGGUUUUUUUGUUUAAGUGAAUGUAAUGUAAAAAGUUGUUAUUUUUACGUCUGCGUGAGAUGCUCCGAGACUACCAAACACGCUGUAGCUCCACGCGCCUCCAGGCUCCCGCCCUCCACCGCCGCCGCUUGCCACCUUCGGCGUGGAACUCCGGCCCUCUCCACUGCCGCGCUCCUCUGCCUCUCCCGCCAGUGUCUGGGACAAGGCCUUAAUAAUUAAUGGAGUCAGAUCUGCUCAUCAGACAGGAGGAAGUUGGAGCCGAAAGAGGAGAUGAUUUUCGCAGCAGGUGUUGGGAGAUAUUUAAUUGGGAUGUCUUUGAUCCUGAUGAAUUACUUCCGAGGCGACAAGCAGUGAAAGGAAAAUUGGAUGAGCAAAAAAUCAAUGGUCGACCAAAGGAGGUAAAGAAUCAAGAUCAACAAAAAGCACCAAUAAUGAAAAUUGGCAUGUCUUCCAUUUACCUUACGGCAUGUUGGAGGGCUCCAGAUUCGGACGCGUGCUACAUCUGUGGACAGGACGGUCACUAUGAGCAGUCUUGCCAUUACAAUUACAUCUAUGGGCGAUAUGGGUUAUAUGACCAACACACUUGUAGAGCAAACUGCCUUCCUGGACCACACACAAUGGCCAUGGCUUGUCGGAACUCUUUGCAGAGUUUCAUACGCGUGAAUAACAUGCCAUCACGCUUCUGUACGUGGGACCUUCGGAAGCUUUUGGAACCAUUCGGACCGCUGCUGAUGUGCCACGUUCCAAUGGGCAGUUCUGAAGUGCGCAGGGGAUAUGGGGUUGUGAUCUUCAAGGAUCGUGGGGAUGGGGAGAGGGCAAUCGAAGCGCUCAAUGGCUAUCUCGUAGGCAAAAGUAAACUGCGAGUUGACUGGGCUUAUGCAAUGGCCCCCGGCGGUAGACCAAGGGAGAAAUGCAAUAUCUCGAAGACAAAGAGGGUUUUCAAGAGCCGGCCUCCGCUGCAAGGGCCGGGGAAACAGCGAGCUCUUGGUUUUCUCUUACCCAAGUUUUGGAGAUUCUACCCCUCCUGUAAUACGCUCUUGCUUAGGAAGAGUAACAACACAGUGCCGAUCAAUGGGGCAGGGGAGGAACGACAAAAAAUGAACGUGGAAAGUAGUGGUGCCAUCAAAACCAGUUGGAGGGAUCCCGACGCUAAAUCCUGCUGGAUCUGCGGAGACGAGGAGCGAGGGCACUCGGAGCCGACGUGCCCUUACAACUACCUAUCUCCCGCCUCAUACGCUCCCUGCAGGACACGGCUGCUCCUCUGGCAACACGAAACCAGUCGCGCAUGUCCGAGGCCUAAAGAUCUCGAUGCGACCAGCUUAAGGCGACUCAAGUUUCUGCGGUGCUUCGUGCGCGUGAAUAACCUGCCGAGGCAUUGUUGCCCGGAGAAGCUUGUCGGCCUGUUCGUCCGGUUCGGGCCGCUGCAGAGCUGGCAUGUCGCCUUUGCUGAUCAUGGCUCCGGUGCCUGCAGCGGCUUCGGCUACAUGGUCUUCCGGCACCGUGCGCAUGCGGAGGAAGCCAUUGACGUGCUCAAUUGCUGCGUCUUUAGUGAACGUAAGCUGCGAGUCGACUGGGCUUAUCCUUGCGCGUAGUGGACGGAAUCGUGAGUUUUGAGGUCGGGCUGGAACUAGAAAUGUGGUCGGUUUUUCUUUUCUCGAAUCUUUUUUUUUUUGAGUUGAAGAACCUGGAUCAGUGAAACGAAAUUUGUUUGGUUGGCACAUGUUACCCGUGUCACCGUGUGGGACCCCGUUGCAGUGUUUGGCCUAAGAUUGUAAAGCACAAAGUAAUCAGAAUAAACUGAAGCUGUUGGA